UCUCGCUCUCGCUUGAACGGUACGGACGUGUACUGCCGCUGCGCGUGUGUGUUUUAACUUGAUUUAAGGAAAAAUACUUAUAAUUAUACAAUACACAUGUAAUUUGUUCUUUAAUAUGCAACAAAUUGCAUUCAACAUACAAGUGCAGUGGGUUUGACAUACAUACAUAGCGUACGGAAUGGCAGGCGAAUGCUAUAAUAAGCAAAAUACAUAAGUUAAAUUACGUGAGUGUUUGAAUGCAGCGCACGCGAUAGAGCGAGUCAGCAAAUCAGUGCCCAACAUAGCCGCGUAGCGUGUGAAAGAGAAGCAGAGCAUCUAAAUUGCUUGUGCUUCUUGCUGUAAAUGUGACGACGAAAAUGGCUUAAAGAAAAACGAUUGCUAAAUAUCAUUCACACAACAACAACGAAGCAAAUAUAUUUAAAGUGCAAAGUGUGGGUAACAAAUACCAAAACAAACUAAGGUUUCGCCAAAUGGUAUUUUUGUCUUCCUCACCAACUCGGCUUGUUCAGCCCGCCUAAAAUGUCACAUAACAGUAACAACGAAUGGAAUAAGUACUAAAGACUUUGAUCGAGUAUAAAAAAAAUACUGAACGACGGAGAGAGCGGAUAGCAGCAGAUAGGCCGUUAACGGUGAUCGAGCGAGGGCGGAGAAAAAUACCCCCACAAAAAAGAACAAUAAAAACACAAUAAUAGUUAAAGUGUUUGUUUCAAAAAACUUAUUAUAUCUGAAUUCUAAACACACAUACGACGUUUUGCAACACUGAACGACGCGCGCGCACCAUGCGUAACGUAAGUGGGCAAAGCGCGCGUGCCGAGCCAUGCAGUGAUAUGAAAUGCAAUUGCUGGAAUGCACGGCGAUGAAAUGCAACUAAUGCAACAGCAAGAGCAACAACAACAACACUAGCAUCGGCACAUGACAGUCGAAAAUGUUGUCGAACACUGAGGAAAAUGCAUCGUUUUCUUAACAUACAGCAAAAUAUUAAAUUACGCAACUAUCAUCAGUUACUUUUGUAUUUUGUUGCUGUUCCAUUGGCUGCCACUGCUGCUGGAGGAAGACGACGACGUAGAGGAGGCAGAGAAGACGGCGCGAGACAAACUUGUGGGUGGGAGCGGCAGCAGCAGCAGCAGCAGCAGCAGAGAUUGUAGCAGCCAUAACGUAACACAACGUCACGCACACAGAAUCAAGUAGAGGAUAGUUUCUCCCUCUUUUUGUUUUGUUUUUAAUUUAGCCCAAUAUACACGUUAACAUAAUUUACCCAACGCUGCCACUGUUCCUAAGACGACAAACAAACAAACAAACAACGUAUCAUCGUAAUCGUAAUUGUAACGCAAGGUUAACGAAACGAAACGUAACGUAACGUAACGCGUAACGCCUUAACACUGCUCCUCUGCCAACGUUUUUGAUCAUCAUCAUAAUCAGCAUCUGCAUCAGCAUCAAUAUAUUCAUUAUGCAUAUAUAGCACACGAUAUAUGAACGCUCAUGCCCAUUAUACAAGAACACUGCAAGCAACUACAAUAAUUAGAACAGCAAUAUACAUAAUAUAUACACACAUUUAUAUAAAACAAUAACAACAAUUAUAAGAAGAAGAAGAGGAACAACAAUUGCGAAGCAUAAAACAACAACGUGACGUUGUUUUGGUGUUUCGAAUCCCAUUGACCUUUUGCCGCACAGCUGGCAAGGGAAAAAUAUGGCAACACCUCAAGUCAAAGACUUGGUGUUGCGCUCGCCAGCUGGCUCCUCCGAUACCAUCACAUUUGCCUGGCCACUGCAGGUUGGACAUGGACAGGAUAAGCAUGACAAUGGCAUCGACAUUAUCGAUACAAUUAAAUUCGUAUGCGAUGAGCUGCCAUCCAUUUCAUCCGCAUUCGAGGAGAUUAACCUCAAUCACAUUGACACUGCCUGCUAUAAGACUAUGACAAAUCUUGUCGAUCGCUUCAACAAAGCCGUCGACAGUAUUGUUGCAUUGGAAAAAGGAACGUCACUGCCCGCCGAGCGUUUGAAUAAAUUCGCUCACCCUAGCCUUUUAAGACACAUACUGCAAUUAGUUUACAAUGCUGCCGUGCUCGAUCCGGACAAACUCAAUCAGUACGAGCCCUUCUCGCCGGAGGUCUAUGGCGAGACGUCGUACGAGCUGGUACAGCAAAUGCUCAAACACGUCACCGUUAGCAAGGAGGACACGUUCAUUGAUCUCGGUUCCGGUGUGGGACAGGUGGUACUGCAAAUGGCCGGAUCGUUUCCCCUCAAGACCUGCAUUGGAAUCGAGAAGGCCGAUACGCCCGCUCGCUAUGCCGAACGCAUGGAUCAGAUAUUUCGCCAGUACAUGGGCUGGUUUGGCAAGCGCUACUGCGAGUACAAGCUGAUCAAAGGCGACUUUCUGGUGGACGAGCAUCGCGAGAAGAUCACCUCCUCUACGCUGGUGUUUGUCAAUAACUUCGCCUUCGGUCCGACCGUCGAUCACCAGCUAAAGGAGCGAUUUGCCGAUUUGCGAGAUGGCGCCCGAGUUGUUUCAUCCAAAUCGUUCUGUCCACUCAACUUUCGUAUCACAGAUCGAAACCUCUCCGAUAUUGGCACCAUUAUGCACGUGAGCGAGAUACCGCCACUGAAGGGUUCCGUUUCGUGGACCUGCAAGCCGGUUUCAUAUUAUUUGCAUGUGAUCGAUCGCACGAUAUUAGAGCGCUACUUUCAGCGCCUGAAAACAAAGGGCGGUGAUCACGAGCAUGUGGGCACCGUGCGCACCACACGCGAUCGCGCCAAGCGUGAGGCUAACACAGGCCAGCACAACAAUAACCACAACAACAACAACAACCAGCACAAUAACAACAGCCAACAGCGGGAGCAGCGGGAACAGCAGCGCGAGCGGGAGAGGGAGCUAUUCAACGGUCCCGCUCAGCAGCAGCGGCAUCAGUCGCAAUCGCCGGCGAAUGUUAGCGGCGGCGGUGGCGGUGGAUUACCCGCCUCCAAGACGCGCCAGCAGCUGGCAAGUGCACAGCAGCAGCAACAGCAGCAGCAGCAACAGCCACAGUUGCAGCAACAACAACAACAGAUACAGCAGCGCAAUCUGAAUAUGGACAGCAGCACGGAGAGCGAUGGCGAUGGGGAGGUGAACAAUGGAAAUUGCGGAAACACCACCACAGCCACCAACACCACAUCCGCCUCGAAUGGGCCAAUGACGCGCAAAGUGUGGUCGGAUUGGUGCAGUUCCAAGGGCAAGAGCUCCCAGUCAGACGAUGAGGAGAACAACAAUAGCAACAGCAACAACAGCAAUAGCCACCAGGGACGUGCCCCGCGCGCCGUCUCAACGCUGAAAAAGCGCAAGAAGCUAACACGCAAAGCGGCCAUUGCCAGCAAAUCGGCAGCGGCUGCUCAGCGUGAAGCCGAGGAGGCAGCUGCCGUCGCAGUUGCUGCAUCCGCCACGUCCGCUUCGGCCAGCAAGGACUCCAGCAGCAAGGAGGAUCAGCCGCGUGCGGCCAGUGCCGGGCCCGGGCGCAAGGGCCGCAUGAAGAAGGGCCAACGUGGCCGCAAAUGCUUGAAGAUUGCCGGCCUGGAUGUGCUCCACAAGCAGACGGUGCUAAGCACCUCGUUGGAUGCGAUGACAAAGAAGCUGCCCGCAGCACCAGGCACAGUUGAUCAGCAGCUGACGUCGCUGCUCACUGGCGACAUGUCGCAUCGCGAACUGGACAUACCCACAGCUCCACAGGAUACGCCGUAUGCCCUGCAAAUACUGCUCGACGUGUUCCGCUCUCAAUAUAUGACAAUUAUCGAGCAGAUGCGCUCGAGCGCAUAUUUGCCGCAGGUGCAGAAGCAAAUAGCCCAGGAGCAGGAGCGGAUGGCGCGCUUAAAGAAUCGAGCCAGUCAGCUGGACAAGCAGAUCAAAGUGCUGAUCGACGACAGCGUGACGCUGCUGAAGGUGCGCAUGAAUGAGCUGGGCAUAAACGUGAACUCGCCCAAUGAUCUGAUUGCACAGGCCAAGGAGAUUGUCGGACGGCACAAGGAUCUGCAGCAUGCAGUCAGCAAGAUGCGCAACGAGGUCACCGCCUAUGAGAGCGAACAGAAAUUGCUGCUGAGCAAGCAGCUGAAGCAUCUGCCCGAGUAUCAGAAGCUAUGCAGCGUCAAUGGCGUCAACAGCAAGAUUAAGCUCGAGUUGCCCCUGGAGCUGUCCGAAACAGCUGCCCAGGAGCUGGUGCUGAAGGAAAUAGCCAAUACGCUGAGCCAGCGCAAGAAGCUGUAUGCACAGGUUUCCACCAUCGAACAGGAGACAAGCUCACUGCAGAAGACAGCCGAAGAACGCAGCACGGCCGCGGCGUUGCUUGCCCAGGGCACAAACAUCAGCCUGGCUAGUGGCGCCCCAACCAUAACGGCAAAUGCUGCAACGCCUACGGUGCCGACAAAUUGCAGCAAGCUGGCAAGUGGGAAGGCGUCGCGUCGCAGCCGCGAGCAUCGUGCACGCUCGCAGGAGUGGCCCGAGGUGCCGGAGGUGGGCAAAAUACAAGAGAGCAAUCCAGAGGUGCUGGCCCAAAAGAUACUGGAGACCUGUCGCCAGGUUGAGGCGGGCAAAUUUCAGCCGCCGCCAACUGCGGUCAGCGCCAGCGGCGCCAGCAACGCUGUCAACGCCAUUAACUUUGUGAAUGGCAAGCCCAAAACAGAGCCGAAGACCUCGCCUGCACUGUACAAGGAUAGUACGCUGAUGCCAGCGCCCAAGCAGCAAUCUCAGGUGCAACAACAACCACAGCAACAGAUACAACAACAAGCCGUGCUGCUGCCCAAGUGCGAGCUGCCGGGACUGGGUCGCAAGCAGGAAUCGCCUAAAGUGGCCAACUUCGAGGAUAGGCUGAAGAGCAUCAUAACAUCAGCGCUCAAUGAGGACCAGGAGCAGCGCAGCAAGGCCAUGCCCAUCAUAGAGACGCCGCCAGCACCGAUGCAGUCGCCCGUGUCGAAGCGCAGCAAGCAAAUGGCCCAAACAACAAGCGGCAACAAUUUGCACAACAUCAUCACCGUCUCGACGCAGGGUCUGAUGCAUUUGAAUGCGAACACGACGAUCUCGCCGAUAACGCCGCCGCUGCCGGGCCCGCGGGCUGCAGCAGCUGCCUCCACGGCGCCGCCGCCGCCUGCCAAUUUGCCGUAUGGCAGCGCCUACAUGAGCAGCAAGCAACAACAACAACAUCACCAACAGCAGCAGCAGCAACUGCAGCAGCUGUCCAGCAAAUAUGGGCAGACGGUAGUGCUGAAGGAGUCCAAGUACUCGCCAGCAAGACCGGGUGCAUCGGCGCCGCCGCCGCCACCACCGCCGCCGCCCUCGUCAGCUGCUUCUUCGGCGCACAUGGCAACGCUCUAUGCUAGCCACGGCGUCUCGACUGCAGCACCGCCCACGUCCGCAGAUUUAGGCUUUCAUCGGCGACGAGCCUCGGUAAGCGCCAACAGCUACGAUCACUUUAUGGCGCAGCAGCAGCAACAACAGCAGCAUGCGCUCAUGUUGGCGCAUGUGGCACAACAGCGACUGCAGCAGCAGCAGCAGCAGCAGCAGCAACAACAGUUGCAGCAGCAGCAACAACAACAGCAUCAACUUGCACAUCAUGCACAACUCGGACACCUACAUCAUCAUCAUCAGGGGCCGGGCAUUUCGGCAGAGUUCAAGGCGCCAGCAGAGAAUCUGUUGCAGCGUUCAGGUAGUCGCGAGCAACUUGCAGAACAACAGCAGCAGCAACAGCAGCAGCAACACCAACACCAACACCAACAGCCGCAGCAACACAGCUUAGAGCUGUUGCCACGCGCCAGCUCCGCCAACUCGGACUAUGCUGGCUACCGUGUGGAACGUCUGUCAGUUCGACCGCCAAGUCGACCAAGCUCCAACAGCUCGCAGCCAGACUACACGCAGGUGUCGCCUGCCAAAAUGGCUUUGCGUCGGCACCUCUCGCAGGAGAAACUGAACCAGCCGCCACAGGCGCUACCCACACCACCGCCCAUGGCACUGGCGCCUCCGGUAACAUCGGGCAAGACCAUCGGUGAUCUAGUCACUGGUGAAAUCGAACGCACACUGGAAAUCUCCCAUCAGAGCAUCAUCAAUGCGGCGGUCAACAUGAGCACUGGCAGCGGCAGCGGCGCAAGUGGUGCGCACUUUAUGGAACGCGCUUUCCUAGCAGAUCGCACCAAUGAACGGCUGCUCAUCAAUCUGAAUGCUCAGCGACCGGAACGCGUGCACGUUCGACCGCUCAACGAAGACGCGUCAGAGCCACAGCCGACCAACUACAGCCAGGCGGCAUCGAGCUCCAGCAACAACCUGGCCACCUUGGCUCAUGUCGCCUAUGCCCACAAACCUCAGCCGGGAGCACGUGGCGCCACGCCGGCGCGUACUGGACGCGAUUAUCAGUCGGUAGCAUUGCCGCGGGCCGAAAUGAUGGGCUGUAUUGAGGCAUACUUCCACGAGGAGCAGCAACAACAACAGCAGCAGCAGCAACACCAUCAGCAGCAGCAACAGCAACAUCAGAAGUCAAAGUCUACAGUGGGCGGUGCCAGCACGUUGCGCGCACCACGCCUAAAUGGUGCCAACCCGCCAUUGGAAGGACUAGCCGCCUCGCUGCAGGAUCAUGUGCGCGCACGCAAAUACAAGGAGGAGAACGAGGAGCGACAGCGACGCGCAGCUGCCGCGACUUCAUCAUCAUUGGAAUUGGCGCCGCAUUUUGCGCAUCAGGCGCCGCCUGCUCACAGCUACCAUCAGCAGCAGCAGCAGCAGCAGCAGCAGCCGCCGCCGCAUCAUCACCCAGCCGCUGGCAAUAUCAAUGGCACGCCACACAAAGUGGAGCUGGGCAUUAAGCGAAGUUCGCCUUUGGCCUCACAUCAACAGCCUUCGCGACCUGCCAAAUUGGCGCAUUUCGAGCAGCAGCCACCUGCCCAUGCGCAUCAGCAUCUGUAUGCGAAUAGCAACGGUGGGUCAGUGCUGCCGCCACCUGCACAUGAUGCCACCACACCAUCGCCGACGCCGUCAUCUUCAUCCUCAUCGUGUGGCAGACGUAGCAAGCUGCUUGUGGAGCCGCCGCUGCUUAUGAGUCCCGAGAUCAACUCGCUGAUGGGCGAUGAGCGGCCGCUGCAGCUAUCGACGAAUCACCAGCAGCUGCACCACCAUCAGCAGAAACCACAUCCGCAUGCGCAGCAGCAGUUGCGUGCCUUGCAUCAAAGCAGUCACAGCAUCACGCCCACCAUAGUGGGCGGCCAGCGCUCCAAUGGCGGCGAUGACGACGAUGUCAUUGCGGCCGACGAUGAGUCCCAUUGGCAGCAUCGCGUUAGCUCCGGCUUUGAUCGCCUGGUGGCCUUUGCCAGCACUGAGCUGGACAAGUCGCGCCGUUCCAUUGAUGGCGAUACGGUGCCUGCUUCAAUUAGCUGCAACACCUCUCCCGACUCGGGCAUCACGCACAGCAGCAGCAACUCGGAUGCUGUGCGCACAUUUUUGUCCACCUCGUCCAGCUCAUCGCAGCUGGAGCUGCCCAUUAACAACAGCAGCAGCGGCAGCAGCAGCAGCAACAACAGCAGCCUCUAUGCUAGCCAGGUGCACAACCUGAGCCAUCAUCCGUAUCAGCAUGGCCACCAGCACGUUCAUCAGCCGCUGCAGCAGCAGCAGCAGCCAAUGCAACAACAAGUGCAGCAACAACAACAACAGCAGCAGCAGGGUCAACAGCAGCCACAGCAACAACAUCAACAACAGCAACACCUGGCAGACCAUUUGAGCGACAGCAGCAUAAAGUCAACGGCAUCCUCAUCAUUGCAUGCAAGCAACUCAGUGAAGACCAUUUCGCCUGUGGAUCCGAGUGCAAUCGAGUCGCCGCCGCUGUCAGAUGUGGGGCUGCCACGUACGCCCAGUCCCAGUGCUGCAAGCGUGGCCACACCUCCACCGCUGGUCAACGACCUGCGCAUACCGCUCAAAUAUCAGCGCAAGUUCAAGAGCGGAUCCGAAAAACACUACAAGAAAAAGUUCUGCGAACGGAACUGGGAGUAUGACUGCGACGAGCUGCUGGCCUACUCGAACUCCAGUGCGCCGCCCACGGCUGCGGACGCGGCAGGCAAUGGGCCGCCAACUGCACUGGAUGCGCCCGCCAUCGUGGCAGCAACGCCGCCAGCUGUGCUGAGCAAAUCGGGCAAAUCGCCAAAGGAGAAAUCAUCGCCGCAUCAUGGCGCAAAUGCAAAUGCCAAUGCAAAUGCAAAUGUAAAUGUAAAUGCCAGCUAUCAUCACCAUCACAAGUCCUCAAAGUUCCGACCCAAAGGCAAGGAUUGGGACUGGUCGCUCGACAGCCGUAGCAAUACGGGCGAGACGACGGCGAAUGGCGCUGGCAGUGGUGCCGCCGCCUCGAGUAAUUAAUGUAAAUUAAUUUAGUUAAAUUGCUGAACAGAAUGACGCAUAGUAGUACGAAGAAAAUGGGAAAGAAUAGAGGGAGUUUUCCACGGGGGGAAAUCAAUCAAUCCGCGGCCACAUGCGCAACAAAUGAGAAUAAUGCAAUGUCUAUUUUGCUUUAUGUUUAAUAUUUUUUGAAAAUCAUGUUUUAAUCGAUUCGAAUCGAGCUAAUUUAGAUCUUUACUCUAACUAAAUGAAUUGUGUUUGUAGUUAACUUAUUGUAUAGCAGCGACUUUUGCCUUGUUUUUUUAUUAAUAUGUGUAUAUGUUUUAUUUUCACGGAUUGUAAUUAGUUUAGUUUAGCAUAUUUCUAACUGAACACGAGUGUGUUAGUUCUUAAGGCACCAAACGACCGCAACAACCAACCCCAACAAUUACUGAUGAACAAUGUUACUGACUUCAUUAUUACCAAGUUUAUAAUUAUUACCAUUA